AUGGACGAUGAAAUUGGCCCGCACUCACCAAACUGUCUCAAAUACGCACAGUUUGCAUCACAUCUCGUACGGUGGCAGUUCAAGGUGAUAUACUGGACAUUGUUCAUCUCAAACCUGCUACUAUUAUUCUUCGGUUCAUUUGCCUACAUCAAAGCCCAGGAGGCCCUAUCCAACUACACCGACCACCCCCGCAAGCUCCAAAAGCGUCUUCGACUAUGCAUCUGCAUAUGCACAUGCUGCGUCCUCGCCUCGACCGUCAUCGUCGUAAUGGAGGCCUACGCGCUGCUAGCACUGCAAUUCUGCGACGGUGAGGACCUCAUGUCGCUGUACUGGUCGACGUGGACCAUGAUCCAGGUCGGCUCGCUCAUCGCCAUCGUGGGCGUCAUCCUCGCCAUGAUCCACUCCCUGCGCAAUAAGCAACACCCGCCCUGGGCGCUGGCGAUGGGGACGCCCGUCCUCGUCAUCGCUGGGUUGCUGCACAUGUGCUUCUACAGCUCCAAGGCGCGCUUAAAGAAGUGGUUCAAGAAGUCAGACUCGGAGACGACGGAUAAAGAAAAGGAAACAGAGCCGCCCAUGAGCAGAGUAAACACCAUCGGACCCGGCUCAAGAGAGUCGGUCGACGAAACGAUCAUCGGGCAGUUUAUCGGAUUCACAGUCGAGGGCGGCCCGAUAGUACGCUUCACAAACACCGAUGCCAUCGACCUCUCGGCGGGUGGCGAGCUGCUGGGUCGGUUCGACAACAACAGCGUCCUGGUUGCUUAUCAGCGCGACUCGAUCCGGUUCCUGACAGACGACUGGGACAACUGCGAGACGCCAAAAGGACAAGCACAAGCGGAAAAAAGCAGCUAA